CCUCAUCUAACAAAAAAAAUUUAUCAAAAUAAAACAUAUAGCACAUAUACAAUAGAUAUAUUUUGAUUUGAUUUCAUAUCAUAUAUAUUCAAUAUGAGUCAAAGUACAAGUGAAGCAUUAAAGAAUAUCAAGAAUAAGCAAAGGAGGCAGAAGGUCUUUGCUGAGAUCAAACAUGAAAAGAAUAAAGAUCGUCAUACCAAAAGAGCUGAACGAGCCAAAGCAGAACGAUUAAAUCCUGAAUUAAAAGAAGAAAGAUUGGCUACUAAUAUACCGGAAACGAUUGAAAGUAAACGUGUAUUCGAUGAGACCAUAACAGAAGAGAUUGAAGGGGUGGAUGAGUUUGAACAAUAUUUCGGAGGUGCUUUAACUGGUGAAGAUCCUAAGAUUCUUUUAACUACUAGUGAAGAUGCUAAAAAAGCUGCUUAUGAAUUUGCUGAUAUUUUAAUGGAAUUUUUACCUAAUGUAACAUUUAUUAAAAGAAAGAGAAAUUAUAAAAUAGCUGAAAUUUGUCAAUUUGCGGGAAAUAGACAAUAUAAUAAUGUCAUUGUUAUAAAUGAAGAUAAAAAGAAAGUAACCGGUAUGACAUUUAUUCAUUUACCUAUUGGACCUACAUUUUAUUUUUCUAUCACAAAUAUUAAAGAUGCUAAAAGAAUUGAAGGACAUGGGAAUGCUACUAAUCAUAUUCCUGAAUUAAUCUUAAAUAAUUUCAAUACUAGAUUAGGUAAAUCAAUAGGAAGAUUAUUUCAAUCGAUAUUUCCAAAGAGACCGGAAAUUGAAGGUAGACAAGUUAUAACUUUACAUAAUCAAAGAGAUUUCAUAUUUUUUAGAAGACAUAGAUAUGUAUUUAGAAGUGAAGAUAAAAUGGGAUUACAAGAAUUAGGACCUCAAUUCACUUUAAAAUUAAGAAGAAUGCAAAAGGGUAUAAGAGGAGAUACCGUUUGGGAACAUAGACCUGAUAUGGAACGUGAUAAAAGAAAGUUCUAUAUAUAAGAUCUUUCUAUAUAUAUAUAUAUAUAUAUAUAU